AUGUCUCGAGUGGAAAUUUGUUCUCUCGCUUACGAGGGAAAAUUUAAAGAACUGAAGGAGAAAAUAGAUUUGAAACCAAGUUUAGCAACCAAACUAGACGAGGUAAGACUUUGGUGAAAAUCGGGCCUAGUUUGUUUGGAUGUGAGGAUGAAAUUCACGUAUUAUUUACGCCGGGGAAUGAGCAAUAUAACAUGUAUACCAUAAAUCAUCUAAUAGAAGCCCUAUCAAAUAAAUGCCUCUUGUCUAAUAAACACCCCUCUGCACUUGUAAGUUUGUAAAAAUUUACAUGCCCCUCUCUAAUAUACACCAUAACCUGUCUAAUAGAUGCUUUGCUUGACAGUUGCUCCAAAAUACUAAGAAAAAGUGAAAUGGAGAAAAACUUUUCAGUUCAUUCACUUUCUUGUUUGAAUAACAGAAGUUGUGCAUUGCAUCUUGUUCAAUGGGACGUUCAAAAUAAGGAUUCUGCCCUUAAAGUUGAACUUUAAGAUAUGAUGUGGAUCUAUGAAUGGAAGAGACAUGUCAGUGGAUGACAGUUUUGUGUAGUUUGUUACAGUUCUGAGAAUAAACACCUCUCUCUCCAAUCUGUCCAACACCCCCACUUGAGCUCCCAAAAUUUAGAAAACACCCAUUUAUCCUAGUAGCCUUGGGUCAUUUACCAUCUGUAGUUUCAUAUUGCACAGUUUUCUUAACAUCAAAUGGCCCAAGUUUGGUACAUGUAUUUCUAUAGCUAGGAGCAUUAACCUGCAAAACUAACAAUCAGAAUAGGCUACUAAAUUCCAAAAUAAUAAGGAUGGUUACUGUCUUGAAUUAAUGUUAGGGCAGUCAUCAUAAUGUGUAUUUAAUUUUAGAAUGAACGAAUGCCAAUUCACUGGGCAGCGUCAGGUGGACACACUGAUAUUGUCAGAUUUUUGCUCGAUCUUGGAGUGCCAGUAGAUAACAAAGAUGAUGUAAGUUUUAAGUUUAAAAGUGUGUUGUGUCAGAAAAAUACAUUUUAACUUAGUGCUUAUUUAUGCACACCCACUUAUUCAUGAAUGCCCAUUUACAGUACUAUUAUUUUUAUUUGAUCUUGAACUACACCCAAGUAAUCUGGGCACUCAUGAAUGCAGGUAGCCUGAAAUUUAUCCGAUUUCUUCGAGUCGUUUUCUCCUCUCAACAACGUCUGAAUCGACGGGCCGUUAAUGCCAUCCAGUGACGUCACUCACUACUCGAAAACCUGGUAGCAAUUAUUGGUUGAUUGUCUAAACAUUUGCAUAUAUUAUGUAUAAUUAUGAAAAAUUUUAGCGGGAUUGUCGCUUGAUAUUCAACGGAUCCUAUCCCUGGCAUUGUUUCAUGUAGUUCAAACAUUUCGAUAAGCUUAAUCUUUAUCUUAAACAGCAAAAUUGCCCUUGUCUUCGAAACUGAAAUGCUAAAUUGAACUCCGAAUGAAGAAUCAUUGGGGAGAGUCGGUAGGUUUUUCAUUUAGAGCCGCUUUGUGGUUUCAGCGGCCAGUGAUUUUGUUUACGCAAAGUUUUCUGAGAUCAAUGUUAUAAUUCGACCUUCUUGCUAUUUUCACCGUCAAGUGUAAUGAUUCUGUUAGCUUUUCUUUCUCGUUUCCUUGUUUUUUUUUUUCUUUGUUAAGGACCAAAUAGCUUCUUUUCAAUUAAAGCAAAUCAUUGUGUUUUUGAACUAAGUGUUGUAUGUGUGUGUUUAUUUCAUUGCGUGAUUGCGACCGACUUUGAUUAUAGAAUUCAGUACAGCUGGUUCAGAGUUGUACUGCAUGCAGUUGAUAGUUUGAACGUUAAACAUGAAUUACGAUCGAAAAAAGUAAAGUAAUUCUGUAUCAUGCAGACAUUUUUUAACAAUAUUUCUUGGUUUGCCACUUGAAAAUCGUGUUUUACUUUUUGCAUGAAUUAAAGCAAAGGUCAAGGAGUAGUGACGUCACUGGACGGCAUUAACGGCUGGUCAAUUCAGACAUUACUGAGGGAGUAAUUACGACUCGAAGUAAUCGGAUGAAAUUCAGGCUAAAAUGCAGGGGACUCAGAAUUUCCUUCUUUCUUAAUUCCUUGGCUUGUAGAAUUGUCAGUUAAGAUAUUACAAGUAAUAGCCAGCUAGUUUUCAUAAAAUAAUUUGCUGUCAUUUCAAGUGCUAGUGCCAUCAGCUCUUGAAUCCAAUCAAUCCCACUGCAGGUAUGUAACCUGUGUGUCACCUAACAGUACAAGCUGAUUUGAAAUAACUCCUCGUUUUGUUAUCUCCCCAACCAAUGGAUCAGUUUCAUAAGAACUGAGUGUAUUCUACUGCUGUCUUUAUAGUCACACUGGACACCACUCAUGAUUGCUACAUCAGCUGGAAGAGAUGCAAUUGUUUCUAUGUUAAUUGGUCAUGGAGCUGAUAUAAACAGCUCAAAUGAAGGUGGACAAACAGCAUUACAUUAUGCAGCAUCAAGAAACAGAUAUGAAGUAUGAGAAUCGUACAUGUGGUACAAUUUGUUUAAGUGUUUAGUUAAGGAUUUGUGGGAAAUGGCUUUUUCUUUUUCUGACCUAGUAAUCAAUUUUGGGCCAGUGUGCUGAUAAUAAUUAUCAUAGUAAUAAUUUAUUGCCAAGCUCAGGGGGAUGAGGUAACAGCUACGCAACAGCCACUGAGUCUGAGCAUGACAGGUGGGAAGAGUGAAUGUUGGAACUUGAGUGGAGCCACGUUUUCAUUUAAUAUAUAUCUUCAUCGUAUCAAAGUAGGAGAAAUGCUUUCAUAAGUUCCUAUCACAAAUAGCUGAUCAGGUCAUGCUACAAAUCUACAGAAAUAUUGCUGAUGUGUUAUGGUCUGUGAGUAACAUAAAUAUAUUUUUUAACUUCUAACAUGGUAGUUAAAGACGCAUUUUUUAAUGUACAUUUCCCAUUCUUUCAAGAGAAAAACUAUUCAUAAUGAUCACAGGAUCAUCAAUAACUUUUUCUUCAACUAAUUUAGUAUCAAUUUAAUCAAAAGCUCAUAUUUUUCACUGAAUUCAAAAAACAGCUAGAUUAUCGGUUAUUGUGGAAAUAAUGAGUCCUAAUUGAUGUUAGAUUGCAGAAGAGCUUCUUCAAACUGGUGCACAUGUUAAUGUGCAGGACAGAACAAUUGCUGGUACUCCUCUGCAUCGCGCUGCAUCAAGGUACAAUAGACUUAUGUCAUAAUGCUAGUUGAAGAAAACGUUGGCCAACGUAUCUGCAAGUUGACCACCUUAGUAACCAAAAAAAUGGGCAUGGCAGUUUUUAAAAAUGGGUGGAUUGUAGAGGAAUAUUAAUUAGCCACUGGAGUUCCAUAAACUCUAGCACUUUUUUUUAAAAUAGGGCUGGCCAAAAACGGUAGCAGAAAAUCAUCAUGCUUUUCUCAAACUUUUCAUGAUAAUGUUUAUUCAAAUAUUUCUGUAAAUGUCUAGCUCACUGUUGGCUGGUUUUUGGUGCUAAAGGUAGUUGUUUUACCUAAUUUCUCAGAAAUGUCUUAGAGAAAUCCACUUUUAAUAUAAUAACAAAUUAAUUUUAUACAAUGUGUCAAUGAAUCCCAAGUGUGGGAGACUCCCAUAUAAAAGUGACUGGUAUGCUCAUUGUCUUGCUUUGGGGUGUAAAUUGCAGAUUUUGGUCUCACGUAGGGUGUUUGGGAUGGAAAGUCACCAUAUUUGUCCAUUCAGGUAUCUCUUAGCACUGUGCAUAAUGAAAUUUACAAAAAAUGCCCUGACCCUGACCACACAGAAAUCUCCCUGGGGGGUCAGUUUAAGCUUGAGUCACACCCACAUUGGUCUCCCUGAGGGAUUUAAUUUGAAUUUUCCGACGAGCAUACCCGUCACUUUUAUAAGGGAGUCCCCCCGGCGAUGAAUAAUGGUAAUAGAACUGAAUUUAUUCCAGGGGAGGAGGAGGGGGGGUUAAAGUCAUGAAAUGAUUAGGCAAAACCCAGACUUUAUAAGAGUUCAACUUAGGGCUUUAUAUGACUGGCCAGAUUCCAGAGUUUUGUUAAACACCAAAAAAAAGUGGAAAAAGGCAAAAAAAAGCGAAUAUUUGCAGGUUUGGUUAAAAAAAUCGUUUAUGGUAAGCCUUUGCCUCUGGUUUGUUUUGAAAGAGGUCAUUCCAAGAUAGUGAAGCUCCUAUUGAAGCAUGGUGCUCGUUGUGAUAUACAGGAUGCAGAGGGCAACACAGCACUGUGAGUAUAAACCCACCUAUAUUAUUUAAGCGAUACAAUACAAUGUACCAUUACCCCGUGUUUACUUCUUUAGUGCUAUCAGUCUGAUUAUCUACAAUGCUUUUCUCUUCAGUCACAUGGCUUGUCAAGAAGAAAGAGCUGAAAUAGCUGUAAUACUAGUAGAAAAUGGAGCGAACCUACACAUACAAAAUAAGGUAGGAGAUUCUAAUCAUGAAUCAAACAGAUAUUUAUCUAUAUCUCACUGCCAUAUUUCAGGUCUUUACAGUAAGUUACAGAGCACGCCUUUACUUAGUGAACGAAUUAAGAAGAGGAUAGCGAUGUCUUCAGUAAUUCGGGAGUCAACGUGGUCAGGUGGAGACUAAGUAGUUCACUUGUUUCCUAGGGUUGAAGGAGGGGGACGGCUGAAUUUCAGGUCAAAUUGUUGGUUGUGUGAUCAGAGCGUAGACGCCGGACUUAAGUCCCGCGGUUUACUAGCUAGAGAAUUGUUUCAGGGUAGUGCCGAGUUCACUUGCUUGGUCAGGGGUGGAGCUAAGUGUCCACGUCAGUACAAAGUUGUCAGGGGGUUCAAAUAAUUGGGAUGUUGAUUACGGGUGUUUUACGGAUUUUUGAAAACGCUGCUAAGAGGGCCACGGAGAAAUACCGAGGUGCUUUAGUUUGUCUUUAUAAUGUUGAUGUACUUGAAUAGUCUAGCAUUCGUAUUGGGCCCCGCCAAUCUACUGCCUUAUGUACCGUUAUCGCAAGUGAGUUACUAAACCUUGAAAUUACUAGUUUUGGUUACUCACCUGUUUCUACUUCGCCGUGAUAACUACAGUACAUAGCUUACGAUCUUCUUAAACACGCUUUAUAUUUGUCUUCUUUAGGGAAAAGUGACCCCCUUGGAUCUCGCCAACAAGGGGCUUGCGAGACAGCUUAUUCAAAUGAGAGAUGAGUAUGACUGACUCCACAUGUGAAACUCGUGGCAGGCAAGUCAGCGUCAAUUUCCCAGCAGUUUUUCACCUCACUUACCGGAAGUAAAGAAAAUGUUAAGAAAGGAACAUUCUUAAUGACAUUAUUUGAAGUUAUCAGAAUUAAGUAUAGAAACAUUGAGACCCCCGAGCUAUUAUUCCAUUCUAAGUUCAUUAAAAGUACAUUUUUGCUUUUCUNGAAUAGUCUAGCAUUCGUAUUGGGCCCCGCCAAUCUACUGCCUUAUGUACCGUUAUCGCAAGUGAGUUACUAAACCUUGAAAUUACUAGUUUUGGUUACUCACCUGUUUCUACUUCGCCGUGAUAACUACAGUACAUAGCUUACGAUCUUCUUAAACACGCUUUAUAUUUGUCUUCUUUAGGGAAAACUGACCCCCUUGGAUCUCGCCAACAAGGGGCUUGCGAGACAGCUUAUUCAAAUGAGAGAUGAGUAUGACUGA